AUGAACAAGACUUCUCGAACGGAUGAGCCGUAUGAAGGAGAUGGCUACAACCAGAAUCCGAAUCCUCUUUCGAACGAUUUAGUCACCAAUGAAGCCCUGAAUGGGAUUGUCAACUCGAGGGAGCUGAAGAAGGAGGACCCGCAGUCCUUACAUGGAGAAACGCAGAUUGUUGACCGUGAUAAAAAUGCCAAUACCCAUCCUGCUACGGGGUCGGGCGAGGCGUCGAACUCGCUGGCCAGUCCACUGACUGGUCAGCUCCCAAGAGGAGAUAACAAACUUCCUCUGUCACAAAUAGCUACUGUUACACCAGAUAACGAAGCAGCAGCCCCCUCUGGCCCAGAGAAUAGCUGUGAUUCCCCAAUUGAGCGGGUUAAGAAAGUUUUGCUCAAAUUUUGCGCUUUUAUUGGCCCGGGAUUUAUGGUAUCUGUGGCAUACAUUGACCCUGGUAAUUAUUCAACUGGGAUUGCUGCUGGAGCAUCGUAUCGCUUUCGGUUGCUGUUUGUUAUUCUCAUGGCGAACCUAUUCGCCAUUUUGCUCCAGUCUCUUGCUAUUAAGCUUGGAACUGUGAGUGGACUAAAUUUAGCAGAGGCAUGUAGAGCCUUUCUCCCACGAUGGCUCAACAUCCUGCUAUAUAUUCUUGCCGAGGUGGCUAUUAUUGCCACCGAUAUUGCUGAGGUAAUUGGAUUUGCGAUCGGAUUGAAUCUCCUUAUCCCAAAGAUACCGCUGAUUGUCGGAUGCGCAAUCUCAAUCUUCGACGUCAUGAUUAUUCUUUUUUUCUAUCGUCCAGAUGGUUCCAUGAAGGCUCUGCGUGUCUUUGAGGCUGUCAUCAUGUGUUUGGUGUUAGGCGUAGUCAUUUGUUUUUGCAUCCAACUUUCACUCAUAAAGAACGCUACUGUAGGAGAAGUCUUUAGGGGAUAUUUGCCAUCCGAACAGCUCGUUGAGGGACAAGCGUAA